CGAAACAUCGAAAGCUUAUUCAACCAACAACGCGUCCGAAUCGUCAGGUUUACGGGUUAUCAACUAACCACAGUGGUCUUAUCUAUGGUUCAGCACGUUUGUGGUUGUUUCACUGUUUACAAAUUUUCCUGUUUUAGUGGUACGGAGCACUAUUUCAAUCAGAAGCCGGAAAAAUGGCGGAAAUUGUGCAGAGAAACCUCGAAUUGAUGACCGAGGAAAUCUCGGAGUUGAAACGGACAAAACUGUUCAACGAGCGUGAGUUAACCGCGUUUCUCAAACGGCGCCGUGAGUUCCAGUUUAAGCUGAACGGCGUUUCGAACAACCUGAGCGAUUUUAUGGAAGCGAUUCAGUACGAGAAGCACAUCUUACGCGAGUUGUGGGCCCGACGCAACAAGAGGCAAAUGCUGGACAAGAAGAAGAACAUCGACUACAAGAUUAUUAAACGGAUCAAGGCGUAUUACGAGAUGGCUCUUAUGCGCUACUCGGACGACUACCAGCUGAGCCUCACUUACUUUAAGUUCUUGAAGCAGUAUAAGGACUUUCAUCAGACCGCGACGCACCAUGUCAAAAACAUAAUCGAGAAGUUCCACUUCAAGCCGGAAGUGUUCCGGUUGGCGUCGGCCUGGUUCGUGCGGACCAACAAAAAGGAAGCACUGAACGUGAUCCAUCGCGGACUCGCGCUCCACCCGGACAACAAGUCUCUCUACCUUGACGCGUUCAGUUUGGAGCUGGAGACUGGAGAGGCGGACGAGCGGCUGCGCGCUUACGUCGACUCCAUCUUCAAGCACAUCCACGACUUUACGUUCGUCGUGGAUAUUUUGGGGCUGCUCGAGGGCCACCACCCGCAGACGUUGGCCGUGCAGAACGCGAUCGUGUCGAAACUGUUUGAGAAGCACCCGGACGACGACGCGGUGUGGCACGUGGCGGCGCAACGGGAGCUCCGCGGGUUACCUCACGACGGCGACGCGGACGACUCUAAAAAAUCCACCAAGAACCUGAUAAAACGAUGCGUGGACAAAUACAGGGAGGGCAUCGCCGCGCUGCCUGAUGACAAAAAGCCGCGUCUAUGGAGGCGGCUGCUCGACACCCUCAUCGACGUGCAGAAGCGGGAUCCGAACGUCGCGAAUGUCUUCAAGGCGGCCGCGCUCAAGGGGGCCCUCGAGGACGCUCGCGAUGCUGGCGUCGCCCUCGACGAGAACCACUACGCCGCGUGGAUAGAGGUGUGCGGCGAGCACGACGAAUCGGCGGUCCUGGAAAUACUGCGACGCGGCACGGAGGCGCUGCCGCAGUCCGGCCUCCUCUGGGAGCUAUACCUGCAGUUCUAUUUGCUCAAGGACAAGGUGAAGGAGGCGGACGAGGCGUUCCAGAAGGCGGCGAGGGCGCUCGGCGCGAAGGCGGAGCCCGUUUGGGAUAUGAUGAUCAGUUACCAGCUGCUUAGGUCGAGCAACGCGGCCGUAGAGGCCCUUUAUCUUCGGGCGGUCGACGAGAAGCAGCCCGCGGAGUUGUCGCGCGCCUUCAAGCCGCGUUACUUGACAUGGCUACUACUGCAGAAGGGCGUGAAAGAGGCGCGGGCCGCUUACUCGCAGAUGGCCUCCAAGCGGCCCUAUUGCAAGGAGAUGCACGAGGAGAUGGCGCGGAUAGAGGCGAUGGAGUGCCACGAGCAGAGCCUCGAGGACUGGGGCAAUUGUCUGCGAUUGCAGUGCGAGCAGUUCGGCCAGCAGGACGUCGACAUUUGGAUCGAGCGCGUCCGCUUCUACGCGGAGAAUUACAAGGGAUUCGACGUGAACGGAAAGAUCAAGGAGGUGUAUGAGGAGGCCCAGAGGAGCCUCUCCGAGUUAUUGCUGGCCGAUUUCCGAGAGAGAUUCGCCGAGGUGAAAAGUAUGGACCGGUUGGCACAAUGUUAAGAAUGCAAGGUUUUCAUCCCUAUCAUUACCAGCAUGUCCAAGCCCUUCGACCCCAGGACUUUUUGCCAAGAAUUGAGUUUAGCGAGUGGAUAAGAAACCAGGAGGAACUCGUUCCUUUUAUCAUGUCGAGCGACGAAGCCACAUUUACAAGACAUAUCAUCAUUUCUAUUCACAGGAAAAUCCUCGAGUUAUGAGACUUGGAAAUUUUCAAAAUAGCUUUUCUGUUAAUGUAUGAGGGGGGAUAUUAAACGGUACACUUUUCGGUCCGAUUGAAAUUCCAGCAAGGCUUAACGCAACCUUAACCUUAACUUUUUGGAAACUCAUCCUGCCAAUAUUUUUUCCAUUGAAUGUUCGAAAUCAGCUUUGGAUUGGAAGAGGUGGUCCUAUUCCGUGGCCACCUCGUUUCUCGGAUUUGAAUCCAUUAGAUUACUAUUUUUGGGGUCGAAUAAGAGAUGGUCGUAUAAGGUGUUACGUGAAAAGAUACUUUUGGCAGGAAAUGAAAUUCGACAAAACCAUUUUGAAGUUUCACGUGCCUCACAUGCGAUAAGCCUUCUUUAAAAUGUAAAGUUUAUAAUUUUUAUUAGAAUAAUUAGCUUUACAGUUGAUAGUUUGAUUUCUCUUUCGUAAAUAAAAAGGAUUUAUAACAAUCCAAGUAAAAGCUGUUUUUUUACCAACAAUGAAGAAAAUUGAAAGCUGUCGAAUAGUUGAUAGUUUAAUUUUUAUUUACCCAGCAACACAAACAAAUGAAGCGCGUCGUUAACUUCCAAGGCUUACUAAUGAUUAUCUGCACCCCGAUUGUACCAUAUUUACGUAGAAAACUUCAGAGUUUCGUAUUUGGCAGUCCGAAUUACGAAAAUUCGGCAAACAAAAAAUUUGGAGCAAAUUUUUCCCACGCCUUCCCUGUGUCACCCCCACUCUUGUCGUUGGAUUUCAUUAGAAGUUGUGGAUUAUUCUUACUUCUCUACUGCGCGUACCCUCAUUUGUUUAACACUUAUCUCGAUCUAGUUUCUUGUGGACUCUAAAAAAACUUUAGUGUAUGUGUGUGUGUAUGUGUCGUGUAUGUGUGUUGGACUCGUUUGGAUUUGCUUACUUUUUUUUUUUACUUUACAUAUUAAAAAAAGUGAAUGAUUUUUCUAGCUUUUCCACCUCUUUACAUUGAUUGUUCAACCACUCCUCGUUUACUUUCCUUAUUUUGCAUUUUAUCUGCUUAUCAAAUGUUGUGUGUUCGUUUGCGUCUCUGGUUUUGAAUAGUCUUAUUUCUACUAAGUUAAUGGAGUAAAACCUCAAAGAAAUCAACUUAUUUUUAUAAUUAUAUAAUAAUACAUAAUAAUAAAUAAAUGAUUUCUCUAAGCGGUAUGUGAAAAAUGUUCAAAACUGAUGAUGAUUAUAAUUGUUAUAAACUAUGUUUAAAAAAAAAGUUACUUUAGACCCUUAUAUGUUGUUGAAAUUGUAUUUUGGUAUUCAAUUUAAUUAUGAGGUAAUGUACAGGUGGGUUCCAUUUGAAAAAAUAUCUAACUCUAUAUCUAACGAUCUGUAUCUACCCUGUACCGUGUGUCUAACUUUAAUUAUGAGCAAAAUAUACUGUCGACGAGUUAGGAAGUAGUUCCAAAAUUUAAAUAAUUUGAACAAUUGCUUCUCCGAUAUGAAAAAUUCCUUAAAGUUUCAGUACGGAAUAACAUUUAGUAAAAAAAAUUUUUUUUUCAAAAAAGUUUCUUUGCUAUUUUUAAAGUUUCAUCUUUUUUUCUUCAUUUUCUGUCAAACCGAUUCCAAAGCUUUUGAGGCUGUAUGACAUUCUCCAUAAGCAUUCUCCAUUUUUAAAUGGUAUUGUUAUUGAUAAUAUGUUUUAGGAUAAAAACAUAUCUAUAAAUCGGUCAACUAUUUUAUCAUCGGAAAUUAUUUGCGAGUGUCUGGAAUGACCACCAAGUUAUCUUUAAUUUUAAAACUCGGUUCCUAUUGGAUUAUCAAGAGUGCUACAAGCUAUGAGUGCAUUGCAAUUGUUUCCUUUGCCGCCAGGUGACGUUUUUUGACAUAAUCGCUAAAAAAAUCUGAAAUCUGAAAGAAGAAUAAAUUGAGCUAUAUGACUUUUUUAUGUCAUUACGUAAUAUGAAUGAAUAAAACAACUUAACACUCAAAAAAGUAGAAUUUUGGAAUGCAUAAAAUAUGGAAAAAAUUUCUUACUACGAGGAAAAAAAUUAAAAAAAUAUUAUUGGGUGCUGACAAUUUAUCGACAUCUGCUUUUUGACCCACCACAUUUUCUAUUUACUGCAAAAAAUGAACAAAAAAAAUAUUAUAAUUCACGCGUGUGAGCCGCCCACUUAUGGGAUGUUCCAUUUAAAAUAAAAAUUUUGUACCUGGUCUAAAACAACUAAAAGCCAAUACAAUUAGACCUUUUUUUGGAGCUUUAGAAGAUAGAAAUGAUAAACGUAUAUGCUCAUGUGUCAUAUAUUUUUGAAAAGUUCAUAACGGGCGUAAUAAAAUUGUUAAAAUAUUAUCCAUAUAUAAUUAUACAAAACACGAGUUCAAUUUGUGUAUAAAAAGAUGAAUCAGCAGAAAUCUGACUACGCCACUGGAUCCUAAUUCCAAACCAAUUUUAGCUUUUUAAAUAAGUUAACGCAAAAUGUAA